CUAUUGUCAUUGAUAUUGAUAGGCUAUUGUCAUUGUUUAAAUGUAGCUGGUAGACUACAUAUAAAUGUGCCUUUAACAUUCAUAUAAUUACCACAAAACAGGCCAAGUUACUGUUUCAGCAUGAAACAUUACAUGUCCUGCUCUACAUCCUGCUCCGUUGCCCUUUGGCUCCGUUCCGUGUUUUGCGUCUGACUAUGCGCCUCAGUAAAAUGGCUGUGUCUCGCGGAGCCUCGUGCUGGUUUGAUCGGUUUCUCGCUCAUACUCUCGUUCUGUAAGAGAAACCCCCUCACAUUUUGUGUCGGUUAGUUUCAUUCCCUGGAUUUGUAUUUAUUUGGUUCCAGGAACUUUUUUAUUUGAAUUGGAAUCGGGAGUGGAGGCCGGACUCGCUCCGGAGGUAGGGGGAAUGAUCCGGGACACGGGUACAUUGUUAUAAAUAAUUGUAUUUAUUCAAUGCUACACAGAGGCAUAGUGACUGACUCGCUGUGAAAGAGAGGGGGGAGAGAGGGAUAUCAUGGCCGCUCAGGUCGCUAGCGUAGCCACUCUCAACACUAGCCCGCCAUCCGAACUCAAAAAGCCGGAUCGGGACACACAAGAGGAGUCGUCAGGAAGCGAAAAGCAUGAAAAUAAAGACUCGGGACCAGACCGUGGAUCGCCGGCGCAGAAAGAACUGCAGGACGGGGCCGACGGUGGAAAUGUAGGGGGAGGAGGGGAUCCUGACAUGAAGAACGGGACCGGGAAUUCGGCUAGGGUGAACAAUAAUAAUAACCAGAAUGAUUCAGGGGGCGCUGAAGGUAAUGCUCACCCGGGUAUGGGCCACCACCACCCGGGUACUUUUCCUCCACCACCUUACGGUUACAACCAGCCCUAUAACCGAGCCCCUUUUCAUCAACAUGGCGGACAACAAAGCCCUGGCAUGGCAGCUGCAGCGGGACCGGCAGUGCAACCAGGCAGCAUGAUGGACCCAUACCCGCCUAAUUCACACGACCCUGGCUUCCACAACCACUUCAACAACUACAGUCCAUACCCAAACCGGACUCCAUAUCAGGGCCAAGGCUACGGCAUGAGUUCCCCGCGCAACAACCAGCCCCCGAGUGCUGGGGGGCAGCCAGGCAAGCAACAGCCAACUGGGGGAACUACACCUAUGGUAGCUUCCUACAACAACAAUCAGAGAUAUAACAUGGGGAACCCUCAGCCAACAUCUACCCCAACACUUAACCAGCUACUAACCUCACCAAGCCCUGCAAGGAGCUACCAAAACUAUCCUCCAAGUGACUACAACAGCCCAGAGAGUGCUAGCAAGGGACCAGUAGACAUGGGUAGCAGUAGUCAGUAUGGUGGGGGCCACCCGGCUUGGCAACAAAGAGGCCACCAUCAAUCCCCAAUGAGCCCUGGAAACUCGGGACAACCACUAAGCAGGAACCAGCCUCCAAGCCCGAUGGACCAGGCGGGUAAGAUCCGAGGACCAUACAGCGGGGCCAACCCCUACACGCAGGGCCAGGGCCCCCCCGCCGGCCAUCCACAGGGCCACCCCUACCCCGGCCAGGGCUACGGCCCUCCAGGGGCACAGAGGUACCCGCUGGGCAUGCAGGGCCGCGCGCCAGGGGGCAUGGGCUCCAUGCAGUACGGCCAGCAGAUGGCAGGCUAUGGGCAGCACGGGCCCCACGGCCCUCACGGACCCCACGGUCCGGGCCCCUACGGCCACCAGGGCCAGGCGGGCUACUACGGGCAGCAGGGUGGCCCUCCGCACCCCUCCCAGCAGCAGUCCCCGUACCCCCAGACCCCCCACGCAUCAGGACCCCCCGGCCAGCCCCCAUACUCCCAACAGCAGCAACAACAGCAGCAACAGCCCCCAUCCGCCGCUCACGGGCCCCACGGGGCCCCACACGGCCCUCAGUCGGGCCCCUACGGCCAGGCCCAGGGCCCCAUGCAGGGAGGAGGGCCCCAUCCGCAGCAGCAGCAGCAGGGCCAGUCCCCGUACCCGCACGGCCACCCUCACGCCCACCCCCACUCGCACCCGCACGCGCAGCCGCCCCAGGGGCCCCAGUCUGGGCAGCAGCAGCCUCCGUACGGCCAGGGGCAGCAGCAGGGGCCACCCCAGCAGCAGGGGGGCCCUCCGCAGCAGCAGCCGCCGGGCGGAGGCAGCCAGGGGCCACAGGGUCCACAAGGGCCCCAGUCGCAGCAGCAGCAGCCUGGGUAUCCACCUCAGCAGCAGCAGGGCCCUGGCCAACCACCCAGUCAACAGCCUUCUCAGCAUCCACAACAGCCACAAACACCAUCACAGCAGCAGCAACAGUCACAGCAAGCUCAGCAAGGACCCGGUGGUCAGCAGCAACAGCCAGGCCCGCAGCAAGCGCAACAGCAACAGCAGCAGCAGGCGUCGGGUCCUCCGCAGGCAUCCCAGCAGGCCGGUGGUCAUGGGCCGGGGUCGCAGGGCCAGCCGUCGCCCUACUCCCAGACGCCGCCGUUGCAGCAGCAGCAGUCUCCUUUCCAGCGCUUCGCACCGCCAUCACAAGUCAAUGAGUUGUCCCAGGACUCCUUCAGUUCCCAGUCUAGCGGUCCUCCCGCCUCGAAUCAGCCCCUGGCCUCCAGUAAGGGGGGGCAGGAGGACAGCAUGCAGGGACGACCCUCCAGCCUGCCGGAUCUGUCGGGCUCCAUCGACGACCUGCCCACGGGCGCGGAGAGUGCGCUCAGCCCGGGCGUGAGCACGUCGGGCGUGUCGAGCAGCCAGGGUGAGCAGAGCAACCCGGCGCAGUCUCCCUUCUCGCCGCACACCUCGCCCCACCUGCCGGGCCUGCGCGGGCCCUCCCCCUCCCCCGCCGGCUCCCCCGCCUCGACCUCGGCCUCGCGCUCCGGACCCCUCUCGCCCGCCGCCGUGCCAGGGAACCAGAUGCCUCCGAGGCCCCCCAGUGUGCAGUCGGAUGGCAUGCUCCAUCAGCCACCCAUGGGGCAGGAACGAGUGUACAUGCGUAACCCCCAGAUGCCGCCGUACAGCUCCCCCCAGUCAGGCUCCGCCUUAUCGCCACGCCAGUCCUCUGGAGGCCAGAUGCAUGCUGGGAUGGGGCCCUACCCCCAGAACAACAACAUGGCCAACUACGGACAGCAGGGAGGACCCUACGGUGGCCCGCAAGGCUACCCUAGAGGCCCCGCUGGCUACGCCGGCAUGCCCAACGCCAACUACUCCGGCCCGGGCAUGGCCGGCUCCAUGAACCCCAUGGCCGCGCAGGGCGGAGCCGGCGGGCCGUACGGAGGCAUGCCCCCCGGAGGGAGGAUGGGCCCGGGGCAGAUGGGGCAGCGCCCGCCUUACGGCCCCGGCAUGGGCGGCCCCAACAUGCCCGGCAUGCCGCAUCCGGUGGCCUCGGGCAUGUGCCCGCCUCCGGGCAUGAACAGGAAGCCACAGGACCCGGCGGCCGCCGCUGCUGCUGCCGCCGCUGCCAUGCAUCACGGCGGUCCACCCAGCAACUCCAUACACAGGCCACCAGGCUACCCGCAGGGCAUGCCGCAAGGCAUGAUGGGAGGUGGGUCACCGUACUCGGCGCCCCUGAACAGCAUGCAGGGGAUGAUGAACCAGGGAGGGCCCUACCCCAUGGGCGGCAACAUGGCCAACAACAACAACCCAGGCAUGGCUCCCAGCCCCGAGUUCGGCAUGGACAAGAUGAACCAGGGCCAGAAGAUGAACAACAAGGUGGACGGCACCCCCAAGCCCGAGACGACGAAAAAGAAGUCCAACUCGUCUACCACCACCAACGAGAAGAUCACCCGGCUGUACGAGCUGGGGCCGGAGCCGGAGCGCAAGAUGUGGGUGGACCGCUACCUGGCGUUCGCCGAGGAGAAGGCCCUGGGCAUGACCAACCUGCCCGCCGUGGGACGCAAGCCCCUCGACCUCUUCCGCCUCUACGUCUCAGUCAAGGAGAUCGGCGGACUCACACAGGUGAACAAGAACAAGAAGUGGCGUGAGCUGGCGACGGCGCUCAACGUGGGCACGUCCAGCAGCGCGGCCAGCUCGCUGAAGAAGCAGUACAUCCAGUGCCUGUACGCCUUCGAGUGCAAGAUCGAGCGCGGCGAGGACCCCCCGCCCGACAUCUUCACCACCGACCCCAAGAAUAAACAGGCCAAGGUCCAGCCGCCCUCCCCAGCCGGCUCAGGCUCUCUACAGGGUCCCCCGACCCCCCAUUCCGGGACCGGCUCCAUGACGGACAGCGGAGACAUGAAGCCGCCCACCCCGGCCUCCACCCCCCACCCUCAGAUGCCCCCCAUGGCUGGCGUCAGGAGUGUGAACCUCUCGGAUCCGUUUGCGGAUGGCAACGACCCAGCCUUCCCAAGACGGAACUCCAUGACACCCAACUCUGGCUUCCAGCCCGGCAUGGGUGGCCCAGGCAUGGGCAUGGGGCCCUACGAGCCCAACAAGGACCCCUUUGGAGGCAUGAGGAAAGCUGGGGAGCAGUUCAUGGGUCCAGGCCAGGGCCCCAACCCUGCCAUGGGGGAGCAGUACAACCGCGGAGGACCCCCCGGAGGACCCAUGGGCAAUAUGCCGAUGGGACAGAGGCAGCAGUACCCCUACGGUCCGGGCUACGACAGAAGACCAGAGGCUGGCAUGGGCCCUGAUGGUGCCAUGGGCCCCGCGGGCUCUCAGCCCAACGCCGACACGGGGAUGUACUCGCCCAGCCGACCCCCACACCAGCAGAGGCAUCCAGAGUCCUACGGUAACCAGUACCCUGGCCAAGGCCCGCCCCCUGCUGGCGGAUUCCCCAAUCAGCAGCCAGGAAUGUAUCCACAGCAACAACCUAACUACAAGCGUCCGCCAGUGGACGGUGCGUACGGCCCGCCUGCCAAGCGGCACGAGGGCGAGGGCUACAACGUGCCCUUCAGCGGUGGGCAGCCAGGAGGACCCCAGGGUUCCCAAGGACCACCCCAGGGCCCGUCCAACGCCCCCCAGUCCCAACAAGAGAUGUACAACCAGUACAACCAGUUCCCCGGGGCCGAGCGUCGGCCAGGUGGCCCGCAGAACCAGUUCCCUUUUGGGUUCGGCCGGGAGAGGGGUCCCCCGACUGCAGGUGGUGGUAGCGGAGCUGCAGGCGGCCCUCCCAACGCCGGCCAGCCCUCCAUGCCGCCUCAGAUGAUGGGUGGUCCCUCCGUGCCCGACGGCCCCCAGGGACCCAUGUGGCAGGGCCGCAACGACAUGAGCUACCCCAACUACCCCAACCGCCAGGGGCCGCCCGGGAUGCCAGGCCAGGGCCCGGGGCCAGCGGGCUACCCGGGCAUGAACCGCGCCGAAGACAUGAUGCCCUCGGACCAGCGGAUGGGCAACCACGAAGGCCAGUGGCCGCCUCACAUGAACCAGCGCCAGCCCCCUUACGGGCCCGGCGGCCCAGCCGGCAGUCCGGCCGUCUCGCGGAGCAUGCAGCCGGGCUUCCAGAACCAGAACCACAUUCCACAGGUGUCCAGCCCGUCGCCCAUGCCCCGGGGAGGGCCCAUGGAGAGCCGCACCUCGCCCAGCAAGUCGCCCUUCAUGCAGCACCCGGCCGGGCCCCCCGGCAUGAAGAUGCAGAAGGUGGGGCCCCCCGUGCCCGCCUCGCACAUCGCCCAGCCGCCCAUGCAGCAGCCACUCAUCCGCAGGGAUAUUGCGUUCCCCCCGGGCUCCAUCGAGGCCACCCAGCCCCUGCUCAAGCCACGACGCAGGCUCACCGUCAAGGACAUUGGAACACCAGAGGCAUGGCGCGUCAUGAUGUCUCUGAAGUCAGGUCUGUUAGCGGAGAGCACGUGGGCCCUGGACACCAUCAACAUCCUACUGUACGAUGACAACAGCAUCUCCUCCUUCAACCUCUGCCAGCUUCCUGGUUUCCUGGAGCUGGUGGUGGAGUACUUCAGGCACUGCCUGAUCGAGAUCUUCGGCAUCCUGAAAGAGUACGAGGUGGGCGACCCGGGCCAGCGCACCCUCAUCGACCCAAACGCCGUCGACCCCGCCUGCUCCGACGACGAGUUCCCGCUGGAGAUGGACGAUGUGGACGAGGACGAAGAGGAUGAAGACGAAGAGGAGGAGGAGAAGAAAGAAGAGAAGGAGAAGGACAAAGAUAAGGAAGAAGUGUCAGAGGAGGAGAAAAUGGAGACGGAGACCAGCACCGCCACGGACACCAAGGUGAAGCAGGAGAAGGAUGAGGAGGCCACGGAGUCCGCAGAGAAGAAAGACUCCACGGUGAAAUCCGAAACGACGGAGGAGAACAAAGACAAAGACAAAACGAAGGAGUCAUCCUCAUCAUCGUCGAGGAAAGCAUCCCGCGCAUCCAGCCCCUCAGCCCAAGAUGCCAGCAGCAGUAGCAACACCACCACCACUACUACUACCACCAACACCACCACUGCUACUGCUAAUGCUACAGCUACAGCUGCUUCAACGGAGAGAGCCAAGCAGGCCAGCAAGUUCGACAAGCUCCCCAUCAAGGUGGUGCGGAAGAAGAACCCCUUCGCGGGCAGCAGCGCUGCUCGGCUGGGCCGGCGGCAGGCCUUCGACAGCGGUCUGCUGCACUGGAGCGCUGGCGGCGGAGACACCACCGACCACAUCCAGACACACUUCGAGAUCCGCACCGACCCCCUAGCACGGAAGCGGCCGCAGGCUACAAACGCCGCCACUCCAAAACAAAAGAAGGCAACGGAGGAGGCAGAAACCACCGCCACCAUGGCAACGACCUCGGACCAAUCGGCCUCGACGGUAGAGCAGUCCAGCGAGGGUUCCUCUGGGAAAAAGCCGCAGGCCGAAGAGAAGUCUGAGCGGCAAGAGCAGCAGAAGAAUUUGUCAGCGGCAGAGGCGACCGUGAACGGCAAAGACAGAAGUCCCACCCCCACUACGGCAAACACAGACGGCGCCGCCACCACCGUCUCGCGACCCGUCAUGACAAACGGCCCGAGCAGCUCCGCCGACGACACGAAAGACACCUCAGGAACGGCGGCUUUCCUGCUCAACCCCGGCCGGACGAAGUCCACCCCCUCCGCCGCCGCCCUUGGCGCGGCAGCCAGCCGAAUGCGAGGGGGCGUGCUGGAGGACGAGCCCCACAGCAAGGACGAGACUCCGUUGGCCACGCUCUCCGAGUGGCAGGACUCGUUAGCGCGCCGCUGCGUCUGCAUCUCCAACAUCGUGCGCAGCCUCUCCUUCAUACCCGGCAACGACCACGAGAUGUCCAAGCACCCGGGGCUGCUGUUGGUGCUGAGCCGGCUGGUACUGUUGCACCACUGGCACCCGGAGCGCAAGCAGGCGCCCGUCACCUACGAGAAGGAGGAGGAGGAGGACGAGGGCGUGAGCUGCGAGCGCGACGAGUGGUGGUGGGACUGCCUGGAGACACUGCGCGAGAACUGCCUGGUGACGAUAGCCAACAUCUCGGGCCAGCUGGACCUGUCGCGCUACCCCGAGAGCAUCUGCCUGCCGCUGCUGGACGGCCUGCUCCACUGGGCCGUGUGUCCGUCGGCCGAGGCCGUGGACCCCUUCCCCUCGCUGGGCCUGGGCGGCGACCUCUCGCCGCAGCGGCUGGUGCUGGAGGCCCUGAGCAAGCUGAGCAUCCAGGACAACAACGUGGACCUGAUCCUGGCCACGCCGCCCUUCGCCCGGCUGGAGAAGCUGUUCGGCAGGCUGGUGCGGCUGGUGGGCGAGCGCAAGGUGCCCGUGUGCCGUGAGAUGGCGGUGGUGCUGCUGGCCAACCUGGCGCAGGGGGACAGCACGGCGGCGCGCGCCAUCGCCGUGCAGAAGGGCAGCGUGGGUAAUCUCCUGGGCUUCCUGGAGGACAGCCUGGCCGCCACGCAGUUCCAGCAGAGCCAGGGGGCGCUGUUGCAGCAGAUGCAGCAGCAGCAGCAGGGCGCGCCGCCGUUCGAGCCCACCAGCGUGGACAUGAUGCGGCGGGCGGCCCGUGCGCUGCACGCCAUGGCCAAGGUGCACGACAACCACUCGGAGUUCACGCUGUACGAGUCGCGGCUGCUGGACGUGUCCGUCUCGCCGCUCAUGAACUCGCUGGUGUCGCAUGUCAUCUGCGACGUGCUCUUCCUGGUGGGACGCCACUCGUGACACCUGUGCUGCUCCUCCUCUUCCUCCUCAUCCUCCUCCUCGGCUAAGCAGGUGGUGGCACAUCCGGGUACGGGUUCUGGGUUCUGUCGGUCAGACGGGUC